AUGGCCAUGGCAGACGCAUCAGGUUCGCAGAACCCAUUUGACGAUCUCACUGCCGAGUUGAGCGACCUGAGUCUACAACAAGGAGAGCAGGGCUCAGAUAGGGAAGUCAACUACUCACUCAACUGGUACUAUCUCCCAGACGCAUUUGAAGAUACGGCAGAUUACUUGAUAUGCACCAGAUGCCACGCCGAUCACAUCAAAGGAACAUCCCUCGAGAUCCAAUUCAAGCAGAUUGAGUGGCCUGAUGGCAACAUUGCCGUCUGCCGAUUUUGGCUUCCUCGCGUGAAGGACGUUCUUUGGCCCGAAGCUGUUCGGACAGACAGCGUGAAUGCACUACGCGAAUACAUGACCAGGCGCUUAAAAAUAAAGCCUUGUCCGGGGCAAAAACUCACCGAAGACGUCGAAGACAGGACAGUCUAUGGCCUGAUGGACGGUGAAAUCGAGGGCUUUGCUGCGUGUGAAGCCUGUUUUGAGGAUUAUGUAGUUGGAACCGGCUUCGAGCCUCAUUUCGGGACUUAUUCUGAGUUGGCUCCAAAAUGGAGCUGCGAUCUUUGCAUCCCAUAUAUUUCGGGGUCAGUUGCUCCAAUGGCCAAGCAUAAUAACUGGAACGGCUUUAUAAGUGGUGCAAGUCGACGGUUUCAGCUUCCGACGUGCACAGGCGAGCAGAUCCGGUCUGAUGCCAUUGAGUGGUACUUGCCUAAAGACUACGAGUCUGAAGGCUUUCAAACCUGCGAGACGUGUUACCUGGACAAACUGGCAUUGACCUCUUUCAAGAGAGACUUUCAGCGCUCUCCCGACGACUCAGAUCCAGAGCUGUGGCGCUGUGGGUUGGCCGAUCAGAACAUCUCAACAGCAGUAGCACUAGAGGCGGCCCUCGUUAGAAAGGAUUUUGAGGUGUUUCUGGAAGCUGAACAAACCAUUUACAGCCUCGUUCCCUGCACAGCGAACGGCAUCGUCCACGGCAACUGGUGGACAUUGGAGGGAUGCGACGACAAGUUCAACAUAUGCCAGGCGUGCUUCGCCGGAUUCUGCCAAACAAGAGGCUUGGAUGACUUCUUCCAGCUGUCGGAGCGCGACUCUUCCAAUGCCUACGUGUGCGACUUUUGCAUUGCGAGCCCACGCUUUGGCCAGUACGUUGUCAAGUUUGCAGAGAUGCUCGACCGCGGAGUCUUUGCCUACUUUUCGCAGUUUGUCAUGACUUUUGCAGGCGUGCCUGCUUGUCCCAAGAUCAAGGGCCGCGGCAAAUCCAAGUGGUGGGGAUACCCAGAGGCUCGGUUCUGCCAGGAAUGCUACCUCGACUUUGUAGCCCACACGCCGUUGGCAGACUCGCUGCCUCUGAACGGAGAAUACAUUGAAGAGACAACGCUCUGCCAGAUAUGGUCACCGAGGAUGCGCAGUCUAUGGCUCGAAGUCUGUGAGGCAGGCGAGCCAGGAUCCGAAGAAUCAGACGCAGCCUUGGAGUUGUUCACGGCCGUUUGCGUGCAGAGACUUCAAAUAUACCGUGCAACCAUUUCGGAGAUUGAAGUCAUUAGGACCAUGCAGAAUAUUAAGAAGCAAAGCGCCUUCAACCAUAGCUUACUCAGCCUUCAAUAUCAAGGCAUGGAUGGAAUGGCGACCAUGUUCGGGAGGACAGACGCAUACAGAUAUGGCAGUAGUAGCCUUGGAUGGUUUGAUACGACCUAUGGAGUUCAGUCGAAGCAGCAUUGGAAUAGUUUUGUGAGCGACCUCUCGGCUUCAAAUCAGCCGGAUGACUGGGUGCGUAUGGCGCAGCUGGAGGCGCUUUGGAAGAAGGUGGAAUAAAUUGUCUUAUAGCUCCCUAAUGACUGAAGAAUUUGUAUGCUUUUC